AUGGCCGCCCUCGCCAGCUCUCUGAUCCGACAGCGUCGGGAGGUCAAGGACCCUCAGGCCAACCGGCAGAUUGCCAGCAAACGCAAGCCAUGCCCCAAGAGCAACAAGUCCCUAUGCCAGAAACAAAUCUUAAUCCUAAUCUCCAAAGUCCGUCUGUGUGGCGGCCGAGGGAGAAAACUAGAGAAAAGACCAGAGCCUCAGCUGAAAGGCAUUGUCACGCGUCUGUACUGUCGACACGGCUUCUACCUCCAGAUGUUACCAGAUGGCACCAUGGACGGCACAAAGGACGAAAGCAGCUCCUUCUUGCUGUUCAACUUGAUUCCUGUGGGUUUGCGGAUAGUGGCCAUCCAGAGCACUAAGACCGGUCUCUACAUUGGCAUGAACAGCGAGGGCUACCUCUACACCUCGGAACACUUCACGCCAGAGUGCAAGUUUAAGGAGGGUGUGUUCGAGAACUACUAUGUAACCUACUCGUCCAUCCUGUACCGGCAGACCCAGUCGGGUCGAGCCUGGUACAUCGGUAUCAACCGGGACGGACAGGUCAUGAAGGGCAAUCGGGUCAAAAAGACCAAAGGGGCGGCCCACUUUCUACCGAAACUCAUAGAAGUUGCCAUGUACAGGGAACCUUCACUGCAUGACAUCGGAGAGCAAAGCCCACCGCGAAAAACGGUCAAGACCUCUGAUUCACCCGUCCUGAGAAAUGGCAAGAAAGACCCACCCAAAGCCAGUGCCUCCUAG